AAAAAAAUUAGGUAUAACACAGAUGCCAAACAUUCCAGCGCUUCAAAUGCAUAUAGUAAAUAAUAUUUGAAGAGGAUUUCUGACAAGCCCAAUGAUUGAGAAGUUCAUAUAUAUAUAUGUUUCAAUUUGUGAGUAGUAUAGGAGAAAAGGUUGGAAUUAAGCGUGUGUGAUAUGCUGAGGUGUGGGAGAGGUGGCACCUCAGCAGCUCGGGGAGAGAAGCGACGCCGAAUUGUUGUUUACUUCGCGCACUGAGAGUCUGAGGAUCCGCGUCCCUCACAGCCUGCACAGCUCCCACGCCCCGCUCCCACGCCUCACGCCAGCCAUGGGCAACAAGAACAAGCAGAACGGCGAGGCAGGGGACGCAGACAGCACACCACCGAAGGACGAGGACGUGGGCGCGGAGGGCGACGAGACCACAGACGACGAGGGAGGCGUGGACACCCCGCCCCCCCAGAAGGACGAGGAGGAACAGGAGGACGCCCAGAACGAGGAUGGCACUUUUGAGGUUGAGCAGAUUGUGGACAUGGAGUGCCGGCGCAGGUGGAAGUGCCCCGUGAAGUUCCGGGUGCGCUGGGUGGGCUACUCCGAGAAGGAUGACACAUGGCUCCCUGCUUCAGAGCUCAAUUGUGAAGACCUCAUCAAUGAGUUCCUGGAAAUUUCGGGAAGAACAUUUGAGUACAAGAAUGCAAUGGCUCCCAAAAAACGUCCAGCAGAAGGUGCAGAGAUGACCAUGCAGACCAGAAAGGCAAUGCGUUUCUCAUACAGUGAACUGGAUGAAGAUCAAGAUGAAGUUAUGCCAGCUGGAACAAGGACACGCAAAGUCAAGGUUAAGCCUGAGCCAAAACCCCGCAAGCCUGUUCCUCCCAAGAAGAGGCAACCCUCCCCUGCCAAGAGUGUAGGCAGGCCUCCUCUCAAAAAAGAACCUGAAGAAUAUGAGGUGGAGGCAGUGGUGGACCACAGGGUGCGAGGGAGGUUCACGGAGUACAAGGUGCGGUGGAAGGGAUUUGGACCCAAGGAUGACUCCUGGGUCCCUGAGGCUGAACUUAACUGUGAUAAUCUGCUCAACAAGUACUUCAAGAUAGCAGGACGCAAAGUGGAGGAGUCUUAUGAGGUGCAAGAGAUCAUGGACAUGCGGGAGGUGAAGGGCCGCACUGAAUACAAGGUGCGAUGGAAGGGCUGGAGUGCCAAAUAUGACUCCUGGCUGCCCGAGGAGGAACUCAACUGUCCUGAUCUGUUGAACCGGUUCCAUGCCACUCAUCUCAAAAAUGUGGAGGAGGAGGAGGAAAAAUAUGAGGUGGAGAAGAUCUUGAAUGAGAGGCAAAAGCGAGGCAACAAGGAAUAUCUGGUGCAAUGGAAGAAUAAAGGACCAAAACACAAUUCUUGGGAGCCUGAAGAAAACUUGGAGAACUGCAUGGAUGCAAUUAAGAAAUUUCAUGACUCACAGAAGAAGAAGAAGCCAGCGAAGUCCUUGAAGGAAGUCCGCAAGGGGCGAGUGGCAAAAGCAGUGGAGGUAGAGGAAGAGCAAGAGGUGGAGUCUCCAGCUCGCUCUCGCAGGACAGGGAAGAAUCGAUCUUAUUCAGAAUUUUAUGAUCAGUGAUUAUAUUUUUACAUUACAGUUAAGGUUUGGAUGAUUGUUUCUGUAUCAGUGGAGGAAACAGUUUUUAUAGCUAAUCCUUAUUGCCCUUUUGUGUUUAUGUAGUAGUUAUAUGUGAAAGCAGUGGAUCACUCGCAGGCAUAUUCCUUCAUGAAACUUUUUUGUUAGUUUGUGAAACAAAAAUGGAAGGUAAUUUCUCUUUACAGUUUAGGUUGGACAUCACAUUCUGUGGUUGGCUGUAUCAGUGGAACAUUAUGCUUGUACAGGGCCCAGUAAACACAGGUUUGUGUGGCCAUAAGGGCUCAAGAGUGUGAAUUUAUCAGUGACGUGUAAAAGAAGUGAUAGGUGAUGGACCUGUAUAGUGUGGAAGAGAGAGAGAAUUCAAGACUUCACAAAGUGAUUGUUGCUGUGAGCCCCCACUAGGAUGUGACCAACGAUGCUGGUCACCAUUGUGUCUCUUUAAACAAGCUGUGUGGCACACAACAAAAAAGUGUUUGAUGCUUUGAAUCAUCAUAGAUUAUUUACUAAGCUAAAUGUUUACACAAUCUGUAAUUACAAUGAAACAAAUUCUAUACCAUUUACAAAAAACUUAACAGAUCUCUAGAAAUAUUUUUGCACAUUCUUCUUUAACUCACAUUCACCCCCUCACUGUACUAUGAAAUUUUUAUAGUUUUAUUUAUUUAUAUUUUUGUGUAUGUGAUUUUCAUAACAUAUUCAUAUGCAUGUAUACUUGCAUAUUAAUAUUUGCAUUCAUAUACAUAGUACUUGUGGUAAGAGAAAUUUACCUUUUUGUCACAUAGUGUGUUAAUACUUAGGUGACACUGAAGGAAAACAAGUCUUAUCACACAUCAUCUUUAAGCAAAAGGCUUAAGGAAGAAAACAUGGAUUGUAGCAGUAAUUCCUCGCUUAUGUUGCAAUUCUAAUCAGCACCAGUACAAAUUUCAUGUCAAGUUAAAAAAAAAAAAAAAAAUGAAUAGCUCCUUGUCAGAGUAUUCAACAAGUGCCCACCAAACACUGGGGUUAGUGUGGGAGUCAUGGUCAGUGAUGAAUGAGCUUCAUUAAGGGGACCGAUCAAGUUAUUUUCCAUUUUUGUUAUUUGUGAACCAAACCACCAAAUUUUUAGGAGCUAUGAAGUUUUUUUUUUUUUAGAUGAGUUAUAUGUAUAAGUUUCAUUAGAUUUGGAGCAAUAGUUUUCUUUUUCUAAUGAAAAUAUGAAAAAUUGAGGUUUAGAUUUUUGCAUAUUUUGACAACAGUUUUUCUUGAAUUUUCUUGAAAAUUUGUCACAUGAUGGUUUUCUAAGAAAAUUGUGACAAUUUUCAUUUUUGGUUUCGUUGUUGAGAAAAAAGAUGUAAAAUUUUUCCUCUAGAUAUUUCUCUUAAGCUAAAAAACAGCAACAACUAAACACUAAAAAAAUCUGUCACUUUCUCUCUCUCUCUCUCUCUCUCUCUCUCUCUCUCUCUCUCUCUCUCUCUCUCUCUCUCUCUCUCUCUCUCUCUCUCUCUCUCUCUCUCUCUCUCUCUCUCUCUCUCUCUCUCUCUCUCCCCCCCCUUUUUAAUGACACCAGAAUCAUCAAAAUUGGACAGUAAAUGGCCGAGAAAUAUGCCUCAUUAGCACAAUAAGUUAGUUUUGAGAUAUAAGGCUUUAAAGUUUAAAGGAACACUCGCAAGCUUUUCAUCCAUAUACAGUGAACACCCAGUUCAUUGGGAGGUUAUGUUCCAAAGGCACCUGCGAAGUAGUAAAAUCUGCGAUAUAUUGACUAUGGUUCACAAAAAAAAAAAAAGGCUGUUAAUUAAACCACUCACCUCCUUGUGGCAGUAAUGGAGAUUAACUGCCAAUUUGGCAGAAUAUGAACACUCACCAUUUGCACAAAACACUGACAACCACCACCAACCAAAUGAUAACCAGAAUUUUUGUACAACACUUACAUAAUACACCAAACAAGCACCACAAGGAUAACAACCCAUACAUGUCGACUGGUGACAAAAACCUGCUUCUGCAUGAUCACCCAACCCAACCACCACCCAACAGUAACAGCAAUGCACAGCACUCACACAAACAUGCCAAACUGCUGCCAACCCAAAUACAUCAACCCACAAACAAUGUGAAAGUGGCAAAAAAAAUUACUGCUUGCACAGCCGACCAACCAACACCAGCUGGUGCCCACUCCUCCUGCCAACAGCUUACUGUUGACAGUGACAGGUUGGUGUGAACUGUGCUGUUGCCUCCGCCUGGCUGCCACCUUAUCAGCAGGCAGUGUUGCCAGAUAUACAAGUGCACCUAAACCCUCAUCUAGGUAUUUCCUCAACCCACAUCACGAUUUAGCAUGUAUUUAAUCAGAUAUAAUAGCUGAUUUUUCCAUGAUAAAGUGGGAUUUCCUGCAUUGUAAAAAUAAUUAGAUUCCAACAACAAAAAAAAAAAAAGAGUGAACCAGUGAUAACUGAACCACAGUUGUAUAUGAUUAUGAGCCAUAAUUACAAACGUUAGAUUCAUAGAUGACUUGUUUUGUUGGCAUCUGGAAUCUUUUAGAUGGAAUAUUACACACUUCAUUUUUACAUGUACAUGUGUUCUGCUCUCAGCUAAUAUUCAGCAUGCUUUUGCCAGUACCUCGCUUGUUUGGGUAAGGUAAAACUUCCUCUUACCCAUUGUGGUGAAAGAGCAAAAAGUGGAGAGUGAGUGAAUGCUAAGCAGGUACAGAAAUUGAUGAGAGAGUGUCAUAAACUCCCUCCCUCUCUCUAAGGGUGUAUAACACACACUGUCACUGAGGGUGUCUGAUGCCCUUCAUCGCCCCCACUCUUCUAGGCUGUGAGAGGAAACUUUCAUACUCCGCUAUAAAGAAAGCUGUUCCUUGUAAGCUUUCUUAUUUUUUAUUUUAUUUCUUUUUAUAAUUAAUAUUUUUUUUACAACCAUCUCCCACCUACAAUGACCUUGACUGAGUGAAUGAGUGUGAGUGGGGGCAUUUAAAUGGGUAUUUAAACGGCAUUUAACCCAUAAAGUGUUUAAUAUUUAUAUAUAUGUAUCCCUUAGGGAAGUGUUUAGUAUGUAUACAUACAAUUUUGUUUUUGAGCCAUAUUAUGGCCUUCAGUUUUGUUUGUAUAUAUAAGACUUCUCACUAGUAGUAACAAAGAAUAUUUUGACAAGUCAGGAGUGAAUGUUUUCAUAUAUAUAUAUACCUAUCUUUGGGCUCAAGUUAUUAUAGACUAAGUACUUCUGUAGGAACUGAGGCAUAUUUGAGGAUUAUUUUGUUUUUUCAAUGCCUGUCAACAUACAUUUAAUAUCAAAAGAAUAAAAUGAAACUGAAAGCUAUGGUAUUGGAGAGGGAUAAAGAUUUUGACUAAAAAUGUUGUGGAAUUGGCUACAUAGGGCAGGCUGCGGUGUUUCCACAAAAAUCAUCACAUAAAAAAGUAAGUUCUUUUCUCCUAAGAAAUUAUUUCUCGAAUCUAUUAUCAGUAAAGCAUGAGAAAUAGGAGAUGAGACUUCAAAGUAAUCAAAAAGGAAAACUGAAAGUUGUGAAAUUCAUAGCGCGUUCUAUUCUUUGAGAACCGCAGGUGUAGUAGUAGCCACGCCCUUGAGACAUGGGGUGUUGCCAGAUCCACGUCCAACCGUUUUCUUGAAUAUACAAUUUUUGUUUAUUUAUAGGUAUUUGUAAUGUAAAGAAGUACUUAUUUAUUACACACACUAUAGGGUUGUGGAAAGUGAAUGUAAAGGUGAGAAUACAAGCUUUAAAAAAAAUAAUAAAUAAAUAAAAAAACAAAUUCUGCAUCCCUAGUCUGAUAUCAUGAGAUCUGAGAAGGGAAAGAAUUCCAGAAUCAAAAUUGUAUGGUAGCCACACUUCUAUUCAUGGCAUGGAAAUAAUAUAUAUAUAUAUAUAUAUAUAUAUAUAUAUAUAUAUAUAUAUAUAUAUAUAUAUAUAUAUAUAUAUAUAUAUAUAUAUAUAUAUAUAUAUAUAUAUAUAUAUAUAUAUAUAGAUAGAUAGAUAGAUAUGAAAUUUUUUUUUUUCUUCAUUUUAUGGGGUAAAUAUAAAACACGAAAAAAUGCAACCUGACAAGAUUCCUAUCUCUGACAAAGCAUAACACUGUAUGGAUGACAAAUUAUUGUACACGCAUUGUGAAGUACUAACCCUAAGGAUGUCAUGAGAUGAUUUUUGCAUUUUUCAAUAUUUUUUUGGAUUUUCAACUCAGUCGGUCCCCUUAAAAUGCUCCUGUUCAGGUGUUUUUACCUCACCUGUGAUCUUAAAAGCGAAAGGAUGCUGAUUCUUUUGUUAUAUAAAAGUCCACCAAAUUGUGUGUCAGUUUAUAAGCAUCAAAUGGUACCUGUUGUAACUACUUAGCUGCUUGCAUCCCAGUAGUGUUAAUGCUUUUGAAAGUGGUAAUGCCCUGUGGAAGUGGCAAUGUCCUGUGAAAUAUUUCUAAACAUUCAGCAAUAUAACAUAAGGGAGAGAGCACUUUGUCUAGAAACACACUUUUAACAGAUUUACAAUGACCACAGUUAGGUGUGUGUGUAGAUUAUCAUAGUGUAUUCAAGCUUCUAUGUGCCCUGCAAUGACAUGUACAUAGGGGAGCGCUCUCUCUCUCUCUCUCUCUCUCUCUCUCUCUCUCUCUCUCUCUCUCUCUCUCUCUCUCUCUCUCUCUCUCUCUCUCUCUCUCUCUCUCUCUCUCUCUCUCUCUCUCUCUCUCUCGGAUGGGCAAGUGUAUGUUAAUUUUCAAAUGUCUAUGAACCUUCAUUAAAUUUUAAUGUAGUUUGUUAUGGAUGAAGUUUAUUUUUUGUUGAUUGAUAUUUUAAUGAAAUAUUAUUUUGCUCACUAACUGCAGAUGAAAGUUGUCCAUAGAAUUUACCAGUAGGUUUUAUAUGAAAAGAUUUUUGAAGUUAAGUUUUAAUAUUUAAAUAUUGUUUAUUUUUUAUAUUUUACAUGUUUUUAGAGCAAACUUCCAUUAUGCAUAACCAGUUUUACCAUUAUUAUUAUUAGAAUUAUUAUUAUUAUUAUUAUUAUUAUUAUUAUUAUUAUUAUUAUUAUUAUUAUUAUUAUUAUUAUUAUUAUUAUUAUUAUUGAAAGUGAUAAAUUUUAAUUUGAGCAUUCAGUGUACAUGUGAGGGACUCAUGGUGGCAUGAAGGUUGUGACAUAAUGCUCAGUGUGAAGUUAUUUCCAUGUUAAAUGUUAUAAUUAGCAGGAUCCAGUCUGGCAGCAGCAUUAAUGUAGUACAUGCACAGGCAGCUUUACUCUGCUAUGAGCCCUUAUGCAAAAUUGCUUCACACAUAUAAGUUUCAUCAGCUCUCACCAAGUUGACAGUCAAACAGAACUGGGCCCCUUUGCAUUGUUUAACAUACACAUCAUACAUUGGUAACCAGUGAAGAUUAUGCAUAUAAGAUUGUGUUCACUGUUUUAGAAAGUACAGGCAUUAUUUUCCAUCUGACAGACCAGGCUGGGUAAUGGUGCCAUCCUGUGGCUGUGCAUCUUGUUUCUUGUGAGCCAUGCACAGCCUGAUAAAACUUUCUGUUAAGUAUAGUGUAUGAAAAAUAAUUAUCACUGUUUUUGAGGGAAGCUUAUGUUCCUAUUAAAUCCAAUGCUUAACUUUAGCAUUUAUAUACCUAUAAGUUUGUUUUAUUUGUUGAUUUGCACAACUCUCUAGAUUAUCUAUAUGCACCAGGGUAUACCAGGAUAAAAUGGAAAGCACUUUUUAACAUGAGUACUAACUGAUUCACUAACUGGUUCACUAAUGUGAACGUAACCUAGAAUCUAUUCAGGAUUAUAUUUUGUUUAGAAGCUGUUCAUUGUGUAUUUAGAUUUUAUUAAGGUUAUUUUCAGAAAGGGUAAUGUGUAUGUGAAUAUUCUGUGUAAUAGGAUAAAAGCUUCUUUGUAUAAAGUGUAAGUUAGAAUGUUUCUAAAUAAUUUUUGUAGAUAGACUUCAAAUGAGCCUACCUAGCAUUUCACAAUAUUCACUAAGUGAUUUUAAAUGCUUAUGAGGAAAUUAGUUAACUUUUCUAAAAAGAAUAAUGUCCAUCUUGGUUACUGUUCCACUAUUUGCAGAAAUACAAAUGAAGCACCUUUGUUAUGCACAUAACACCAAUGCUUCAAUAUAUCAAAGCCACAAAUAUGUGCCAAUAUUUCCAUUGCAGGUGAAAUAUCAUGUAAAACCCUGCACUGUCAUACUUCAUUGUCAUUGUUUAAUGGACUAUACAAGAGGAAAGAGAAAGGGAUGAAGAGAUUUAGUGAUGUUAGUGUGAAUAGAGAAAGUUGCCCCAACCCAGUAUAUAAAAUAUCCACUUUUCUAAUUCUCCUGUUUUCUGUAAACUCUGUAAAUGGCUAGGGAAUUUAAUCAAAAUUGCAUCUGUACAGUGUGUCUGAUUGUGCUGAUGGCAGAAAGAGUAAAGUAUUGAAUAUGCAUCUAAGGAAUAUUGUAUUUUUUCAGGCAUUGGUGCCAAGUCACUUUUUUAAUUAUUUGACAAAUACUGAAGUAUGUUAAUCCAGGGUUUUAUUGAAAGUUAUUGUCACAGAGUUGUUAUCUUUGUUAGCUGCUUUUAAUUUGAAAUAUUUUAUAUUGCUCCAGUUUCUCUACUUCCUCCAACAGCUUGGCUGCAUUCACACCAAACAAGUUAACUUGAGUAUCCUCAUGAAUAUGGUUGCUCCCAUCAGUCAACAUGAGUCUUUUGGAGUGUUAGCAUGACACUAGCAUGCCUACAGAUCAUAAGCUUUCUUUUUAAACAAUUUUAAGGAGUGGUAAAUGAUAAUUUUUCUUCUUUUAAUCAUGUAGAGAACAUUGGAUGGUAAGGUUUCUUUUCCUUUUAAUUUAGAGCUUCAGUAACUGUUUGUAUUGGAUAAAGCAAUUAUCAUCCAGUCAUCAUCAGAAUAUGUAUUGGUCAUACGUACUAGACUCGGUGCAAUAUGGGUGAACACCAAGGAUGUGAAGGAAGUACAAUUAUUAUGACAACAUUUAAAGUCAUACCACCACCUCCCCCACAGGAGGAUCAGUUUAAACCCUUUUGGGAAGACUGAGAAGGAAGGGUGAUCCUCACCUUUGUAAUGAAGCAAUACUGCAUUAGUGUGACUCAGGUCAAAUGACAAAGGAUGACAAUGUGACUCAUUUGAUGUGAACGUAGCCUUUCCUUCCCAUAGCUUUCACAUAGAGAGAGACCACAAAAUGGUAUUUAGUAGAUUAAUUGAUUGACGUGCGGCCAUAUUUCUCAUGAUGUUAAACUUUUUUAUUAUUAUUAUUAUUAUUAUUAUUAUUAUUAUUAUUAUUAUUAUUAUUAUUAUUAUUAUUAUUGUUAUUAUUAUUAUUAUUAUUAAGUUGUAUAGUUAUUUGAGCCUUUUAUAUCACUACAUUCAAGGUUGUCAGGGCAUUAUGAAUUAUGAGAUCAUGUAAAUAAUGGGAUAAGAUGAUAAGUUUAUGCUAUCUUGAAGGACAUUACACAAACUUAUCAUUAAAGGCUUUGCAGUUCUUACUUGCACUGAGUUGAUGACCUUUGCUAUUCUUGUGUGCACCAUAAUGCUAAAUAAUUAUGAAAGUAAUGUUAGGUGUCUCGUAAGAGACAUUGAGUGAGACUGAAAUCAAUGCACGCCUGUAUAUAUGUAAACAUAAUUUCCAAACUCAGAAUUAUAAAUUGCAAUUGCAGUAAUAUUUAAUGAAAAAUGUGUAUAUAUAUAUACUAUAACAGAGACUGUACACCCUUGCUUAAUUUUGUUUGGCAGGUUGGUGCUCCUCUGUCUGUGUUAGUGUAAGGAAUUGUUUAAAGGAAGCUCUGUUUUCUCCUUGGCUGCUGCAGAGAGUGGAGCAUCUCAUUAAAAUGUAGUAAUAGUGAGCCCACAAAGUAUUUUUGUAGGUCUCAUGUGAUGUUGAGAGUUUCAUUAUUGUGUGUCAAACGUAUCCUCUUUAUCCUGGGUAUGUACAGUUCUGUCUGCCUUGAGUCACAUCUUUACAACAUGUCAGUGAUGAUAUUCCUGGAACUUCUUCCCUUGUCCAGUAAUUGUGGCCACCUGAGUACAGUCAGACUAGAUUAGACCAAACUAGACAUUUCUGGUCAGGUCUUUUGAAACAAAGAAGUUUGAAUAUGAUUUUUUUCUAUCUCUUCUUCUUCAACAUGAUAGGACCGUGUUUAAUUGCAGACAGUGGACAUCUUAUCAUGGUAUCAUGACUGGGUAUUAAAGCAAAAAAAUGUAUCUAUGUAACCCUUGCCUCUUCCCACCCAUGAUGUAGACAAGAGGUUCCAUACCCUCCAGUGCUUUUUGCUUUCUCUAUUCCUGUACAAUACUCCCUCCAGGGAUGAAGGAAGGAGGGUGUUGAAAGAGUCCUUGGGGAUUGAACACCUAAGUUUGAAGUUGUAACAGAUGACUGCAAGCCCUUGAAGGCAGGAGCAGAUGGGCUCACUGAGUAAUUCUGCUCUUGUUAUAUGUAUGUAUCAUCUUAGCAGUUAAACUCUUAAGGUUUUCUGCUGUUAUAGAAACACACACACACACACACACACACACACACACACACACACACACACACACACACACACACACACACACACACACACACACACACACACACACACACACACACACACACACACACACACACACACACACACACACACACAGAGGGGCUGUGGCAUGAUAGGAAACAAACCCAGGUUACUGUAUUGUAGUAGAAUGGGUUGUUAAAACAUUAUCUAAAGUGUAUGAGAAUAUACAAGUGAAUUUACUUAUUACAUGCUGUGAUGAUUAUUUGAACUGAGACAUGAAAUUAAGUUGUUGCCCUCUGGCUACAGUGUCACAAAUAAUUGUCAGAUGUGUCAGCUUCUGUCCCUUUUGCUGUAAAUCAUGCAUUGUGGUGAGUGGAUUCUUUAGGCAGGCUGGAAAGGAAGACAGUAGUUAUGUGAAGUGUAGGCAUAGAAAGCAAAUAUAUGGAAAGUACAAACACUAUCUGGAUCUUGUUUAACAUAUUAUUUUGUCAAGAGUUUGUGAGUUGCUUCAUUUGUGACAUCUUACACACUUCCAUUGUAUUACAUCACAUUAUUGUGUAUGUGUUUUAGUCAUGUAAAGUUUACAUCUUUACAUUUUUUUAUGUGUGUGUGCAAUCUAUUUAAAGUUUAUGACAGUGUCAUGUAUUACUUAUUUGUAGGUGAUGUUGGAUCAUGAAGCCUUGGCUCUCACAGGUGUGCAUACCAUUGCUUUGUUUAAAGUAGUGCUGCUCCCUAUGCUGUGAUUGCUUGCAUCAUUCUCAUGGUUAGGCUUUGCUACUAAUUGAUUGUUUAUCUUGUCACCUCUCCUGGCAUAAAAGAACAUCCUUGGGUAAGCAUUGGUAAUGCAUUUGAGCAAUACACUGGAAGUCAUCACUCUGUCUUCAUUACAAAUGGUUUCUUAGUACAAACCCCAGAUAAUUAAAACACACAUAUGUAAGCCAGGCUUAGUGAUACCAAGCCCUGAGAUUUCAGAGUAUUUCCCAGGGACACACGUGGAAAGAGUAAACAUGUUGAAGUUUUGUACAGAUGUGCUCUUGUUAGUGUGGAAUGUAAGGAGACAAGUGAAGUGAGGGCUGUCUUUUGGUGCUCUGGCUGGAUGAGGAAGGCCCUCCAAGCUGUGUUGAAUCUUGAGUCAGACUCCUGUAAUGGCUGAAAUGGAUGCUUCAUUUAUUGAAUUAACCUCUUUAUUUACAGUGCUUGAUAACAAAUGUCUUGUAGUAGCAGUCAAAGGGUGUAGAUACUAGGUGAGUGAACUUGUAUUUGUAGUGUUUAUUGUUAGGUGUUGCAGUAAGAAUUAAUACAGUAUAUAAAUAAUUUUUUAUAAUCUUAAUUAACUUUUUAAGAGAGUCUGGCAGUAUACAGACAGCAACAUAUUAGUACCUGUAAUGACAGUAACAGUAUUGUCAGCAUUUUUUGAUUAAAGAAAAAAAUAUCUGGCAUA